AUGGCUGCCUAUCUAGAGAGCUGCGUGGACCCCACGGUGCUGGACUUCGUGGCAGAUUUGUCUCUGGCUUCCCCAAGACAUCCUUUUCUCAGCGACUUCCCACCCAACGUGCCCUUGGUGGAGCUCAGAGAGGGAAGACCCAGGAAACUGACAGCGUUCGGAGACAGGGGCUCUGCAGAGAACGAAGGAGCUGAAGAGGACGGGGGGGAGGAGGAGGAGGAAGAAGAGGGUCGUGGGAGGGUAGGCACCCUACUGGGCCGUUCCAGAAGGAAAAGAGUGAUCACCUACGCCCAGCGCCAGGCUGCCAACGUCCGUGAGAGAAAAAGGAUGUUCAACCUCAACGAGGCCUUCGACCAGCUGCGCAGGAAAGUGCCCACUUUUGCUUACGAGAAGAGGCUGUCCCGGAUCGAGACCCUGCGCCUGGCCAUCGUCUACAUCUCCUUCAUGACUGAGCUCUUGCAGAGCUGCGAGAAGCAGCCUGGGAGCUGCUGA